UGUCCAUGGGUUGAAAGGUGACUACGGCUCACAGCAAUGCCCAAAAAGGGUGAAGAUAGUUAAAAUACAAAUAGCUGAAGCGACCGGCUCCAAGUCUGUUUUUCAGCUGCUAGCUGCUCUUUCUGGCUGUCUGUGUAGUUACUGUACAGCCCAGAAUGGUGUUAAGAGUAAGUGGCAGGAGGAGCGUUGUGUGGGGCUGGCUACUCCUGGUCUCCUGCUUUCUGCUGUCUGUCUGUUCGCAUGAGCAGGCAGCCCAAGAACACCCACCGGAGGUUCACCAUCCAAACAUGCACCUGGACAAGAACAUGGUCCAUGACAGAGAACACAUCAUGGAGCAUCUGGAAGGUGUGAUUGACAAGCCUGAGUCGGAUAUGUUGCCGCAGGAGCUGCAGUUGCACUACUUUAAGAUGCAUGACUAUGAUGGCAACAACUUACUGGAUGGGCUGGAGUUGGCCACAGCCAUCACUCAUGUACACAAAGAGGAAAGAGGAGAGGAAAGCCAGCCUAUGAAAGAGGAAGACCUCAUAAGCCUUAUAGAUGAUGUUCUAAGGGACGAUGACAAAAACAACGAUGGGUACAUAGACUACGCCGAGUUUGCCAAGUCCCUGGAGUAGAGGAGAGACGCUGCCUCACUGCUGGGAUCUCUCUCAGUGCACUGCACAUAACCACGUCACUUUCCAUCUCAAAGCAAAAUCUCUUGUUUAUUUACCUGUGCCAGUGUACAUGUCUCACGCUCUCUGUGGUGCUAUCACUAUCCUUUAUCCAUCCAGACAGCAUAUCAGGAGUGGACAAACUUUUUGGCUCGAGGGCCACAUCGGGAGUUUGAAAUUCAACAGAGGGCUGCACAGAUUUCUUUUUGACCGAUUGAUUUGUCAAAGUCUAUUUUCAGGCCAGCAAAAGGGCAGUAAUUUGAAAAUAUAUAGGACCAUUAUAUUUUCUAUCUAAUUUUAACCCAAAAUACCCCCCCUUGAGAUCACCCCUGAGAUAGAUACAGUUGAAGUCGGAGGUUUACAUACACCUUAGCCAAAUACAUUUAAACUCAGUUUUUCACAAUUCCUGACAUUUAAUCCAAGUAGAAAUUCUCUGUUUUAGGUCAGUUACGAUCACCACUUUAUUUUAAGAAUGUGAAAUGUCAGAAUAAUAGUAGAGAGAAUGAUUUAUUUCAGCUUUUAUUUCUUUCAUCAUAUUCCCAGUAGGUCAGAAGUUUACAUGCACUCAAUUAGUAUUUGGUAGCAUUGCCUUUAAAUUGUUUAACUUGCGACAAACGAGUCGGGUAGCCUUCCACAAGCUUCCCACAAUAAGUUGGGUGAAUUUUGGCCCAUUCCUCCUGACAGAGCUGGUGUAACUCGCACACGCUUUUUCAGUUCUGCUCACAAAUUUUCUAUGGGAUUGAGGUCAGGGCUUUGUGAUGGCCACUCCAAUACCUUGACUUUGUUGUCCUUAAGCCAUUUUGCCACAACUUCGGAAGUAUGCUUGGGGUCAUUGUCUAUUUGGAAGACCCAUUUGCGACCAAGCUUUAACUUCCUGACUGAUGUCUUGAGAUGUUCAAUAUAUCCACAUACUUUUCCUGCCUCAUGAUGCCAUCUAUUUUGUGAAGAGCACCAGUCCUUCCUGCAUCAAAGCACCCCCACAACAUGAUGCUGCCACCCCCGUGCUUCACGGUUGGGAUGGUGGUCUUCGACUUGCAAGCCUCCCCCUUUUCCUCCAAACAUAAGGAGGGUUAUUAUGGCCAAACAAUUCUAUUUUUGUUUCAUCAGACCAGAGGACAUUUCUCCAAAAGUACGAUCUUUGUCCCCAUGUGCAGUUGCAAACCGUAGUCUGGCUUUUCUAUGGCGGUUUUGGAGCAAUAGGUUCUUCCUUGCUGAGCGGCCUUUCAGGUUAUGUCGAUAUAGGACUUGUUUUACUGUGGACAUAGAUACUUGUGUACCUCUUUCCUCCAUGAUCUUCACAAGGUCUUUUGCUGUUGUUCUGGGAUUGAUUUGCACUUUUCACACCAAAGUACGUUCAUCUCUAGGAGACAGAACGCAUCUCCUUCCUGAGCGGUAUGGUGGCUGCGUGGUCCCAUGGUGUUUAUACUUGCGUACUAUUGUUUGUACAGAUGAACGUGGUACGAGGAUGAACAAGGUCUUGGCUGAUUUCUUUUGAUUUUCGAAUGAUGUCAAGCAAAGAGGCAGUGAGAUUGAUGGUAGGCCUUGAAAUGCAUCCACAGGUACACCUCCAAUUGACUCAAAUGAUGUCAAUUAGCCUAUCAGAAGCUUCUAAAGCCUUGACAUAAUUUUCUGGAAUUUUCCAAGCUGUUUAAAGGCACUGUCAACUCAGUGUAUGUAAACUUCUGACCCAUUGGAAUUAUGAUAGUGAAAUAAUCUGUCUGUAAACAAUUGUUGGACAAAUUACUUGUGUCAUGCACAAAGUAGAUGUCCUAACCGACUUGCCAAAACUAUAGUUUGUUAACAAGAAAUUUGUGGAGUUGUCGAAAAACAAGUUUUAAUGACUCCAACCUAAGUGUAUGUAAACUUCCAACUUCAACUGUAUAUAUAUAUUAUUAUUACAGAAACUGCCAAAUUUGUCUGCUGUAUGCUAACAACUAAAUGAGUUCAGUCAUGUUGGAAUUUAAUAUUUACCUAAGUGAUGUUUUUCUGUAAGAUUAUGGACCAAAAUAUCUAAAUUAGGCCAUUAACGACAACUGCCUGUGGUCCUUAACUUUAAGUGUGGCCUUUUACUAUUACUCAUAGUGGGAAUUAUACGGCUCAGAAGCAGCAUAAUGUACCACAGAAUAAAUAUGAGAGUGUGGUAAUGGCAAAGCAGGUUUGGAGGAUUUGUCUGAUCACAGAAACACGCUAUGAACAGUGUUGCUUACAGUUGGAACAAAACGGAAGACAGUGUUUCGAAACAGGAAGUAAUACGGCUAGUGCUAUAAGUAUGCUCAUUCUUGUUUUCAAAACACUUUCUCCCAUUUGUUCGUACAGAACGCGACCCAGGUAACAUAAAAGCCACGCACAAUACAGGCCUGGUUCUGGUCAAACACAGGCAAUAACAAAUUAGUACUUUUUCUGCUGAUCACUACAUGCAUCCCUAAAGUGGUCUGUUACCCGCCUACCUGAACGCUCAACUCCACUUACAGUUUACAGCAGGGCUGAUACUUGAGAUUAGCAGAAUCUGAAUGUAAUACCGGAGCUGUGUUGUACUGCGCAUUGUGAUUUCUUCGUCACUGGAUUCACUUGACUUGCAGCACUGUGAGAUCUCUGGGCGAUGCCAUUACUCAAGGGAUAACUUAAUUUGACAGAUGUGCUUUAAGUAGAAUGCAUGGUUGUGUUGCUCUAAAUGUUAGCUGCCUAUUGAAGUGACAAUGUUAUGCGUAGGUACACCACACGUGAUUUUUUUUUUCUCCUCAUGAGAUGCAUUGCUUUUCAAACAGUUACAGAUCAUUAGAAGGUUAUCAGGUCUUGUGUUCUAAGGCCCAGAUCUAUAUUGAACCCAUGUAUAACAUUUCCAAUACUGAAAAAGUAUUUGUUACAAAAGAGUUCUAUUUUCGUCAUUCGGUGUUGGUUGUUCAGUGAAUUCAGUUUAUUUGAAUAGAAAUGUGUAAUUGAAGACUAUAAAAUGUUAAAAGAUUAGUAGACAGAUGCAACUGUGUUGUCUGUGUAAUAUGCUUUUAAUAAACACGUAUGGAAGUA